AUGUCCAUUUCUCUCACACUCGCCUCACAAGAGUCAACCAGGGCAGAAGCCGAGCUGCUCUACAGUGAACAGGCCUUCAGUCUCCACCCUGCACUUCCUGUCCAUGCGGAGGCUGUGAAAUAUCCUGCUCUGAGCCUCAGAUUAAGCGUAGAUCAAGAAACUGGCAAAGGAAAGAAAUUUUACCCCUUGGGUUCAAGCCACUUUCCAUUGGGAAAUACUCAUCAUGUAAAGCGGAGAGGAGGAAACCAACACUCCGUGAACGUGAGCCUCAAAUCCCCGAUGUCUGCUCCUCAGUUUGAAAGCAAAGGCAGCCAUAUUUCAGCUAGAAAUGGAAGCUGUUUUCUAGUCAGGCACACUCCUCAUCCCAGAAGGGUCUGCCACAUCAAAGGUUUGAAUAACAUUCCAAUCUGUAAUGUGAAUGAUGAUGAGAACUCAUUCAGAACAUUGUGGGCUGUUGGCCAGUCCCACCACUCACAGAAAGAUGAGAUACCAUAUGCCAGAUGGAGCUACCCACCCAGUGCUGUGGCCACAGACAGCCCUGUCAGAGGAGUCUCGCCAGCCUUUAACGGGGUCAAAGUGCCCCCACGGCCUCAUUCUGAGCCCUGUCGAAAAGUCAAGGAGUGCUUCAAAACUUCCAGUGAUAAUCCCUUAGUAAUUAAAAAGGAUGAAAUGAAGGUAAAAAAUCCAUCAUCGACUCCAAAGGCAUGCUCUACUGCUAGUUCUUCUUCUUCAGAAGUGACGAGUACCAAGACUGCCAUCAAAGAGAACACCAUCUGCAUACCAAACUAUCUGGAUCAGGAAAUCAAAAUUCUGGAAAAGCUCUGUAACAUUUUACGCACUGAUUCUCUGGCAGAAGUUCUACAGUGGCUGCUUCAUGUGAGUUCAAAAGAAAAGGAGUGGGUCUCAGCUUUGAUUCAUGCUGAACUGGCUGAGAUAAACUUAACUCGCCUCAGAAGAAACACCUCAGCUGAACCAGCAGCAGAGACUGGGAAGCCACCCAAAGUUAAGUCACCCUCAAAUUCAUCAGCAAAAUCAAAGGUGCUAACAAGUUCUAGGGAAGGACAUCAACAGAGGAGAGUGUCAAGUCAAGGAUCUGAAGAAAAUAAGGAAACUUUUUCUAUUUCAGAGGGCAAGCCUCCAUUGUUUAUAAGAAGAAAUGAGAUGAAAAUACCCGUUGCAGAAUAUUUCAGCAAGCCAAAAUCUCUUCCCAGGCCUAAAACUCAGGAGAGCACAUCAACAAAGCCAGUGUCAGCAAGGAGUACCCAACAAGGAUAUAAUCUCUCUGCCCAAAGAGCAUUUUAUCCUGUAACAUACCAAAGGUAG